GGAGACGUUUUGGGUGUGUUUCACUACAGGUUCAAGUAUAAUAAACUGGUUAUCCGACAUUCUUGCAAAAUAAAGUUGUAACGCGAAAUUGUUACAGAGUCAGGGGCCAGUCCUGUGCUGAGAAGAGAAGAAUAAACAUGAUUCCUCUACUACAAACUCUUCUGCUUCUCACCCCGGGUCUCCUUGGGAUUACUGGAGCUUCAGAAUGUGGAACACCGUUGGUCUCAAGUCGCAUUAUGGGGGGGCAGGAUUCACAGGAAGGACGAUGGCCCUGGCAAGUCAGCUUGAGGAGGAAUGGACAAAACUUCUGCGGUGGAACUCUUAUUUCCAACCUGUGGGUCGUCUCUGCUGCUCACUGCUUCCCUGAUCCUAGCACUGCAAGUUCUGUCACUGCGUUUUUUGGGUCCCACAAGAUAGACCAGCCAGAUGACAAUGAGGUUCCCAUUGCAGUUAAGAGCGUAUAUAAUAAUCCCGAUUACCAUAAAGAAGGAGACAGUGGGGACAUCAGCCUUAUAGAACUUGUGAAGGAGGUCACCUACACUAACUACAUCCUCCCAGUUUGUCUACCUGAUUCUACUGUGACUUUCCCCAGAGGCCUAAAAUGCUGGGUGACCGGCUGGGGAAAUAUCAUGUCUGCAUCCAGUCUACCAAGCCCAAAGACCCUGCAGGAAGUAGCUGUGCCUCUGAUUGGUGCAACCGAGUGUGAUGGUUAUUAUCAAACCCCAACAUCUGCUGGAACAAGUACCCUAAGGGUUCACAAUGACAUGAUAUGUGCAGGGUACCUCAAUGGCGGCAAAGACUCCUGCCAGGGAGACUCUGGGGGACCGUUGGUUUGUUCUACAGGUCACCAAUGGUUCUUGGUCGGUGUGGUGAGUUUUGGUGAGGGCUGUGGGGAGCCGUACCGCCCAGGUGUAUAUACUCUCCUGCCUGUGUAUAGUGACUGGAUAGUGUCAAACGUUCAUAAUGCCUCUGUGAAUGUGAAGUCUGCAACAUUUUCAGGACCUAUUAUUUCUCUUGAUAACACAGCUCCAGCUACCAGUUCUAUUGAUAACACAGCUCCAGCCAUCAUUGCUUCCACCCUACAUAUCAGUUGGAUAACUAUCCUGCUACUUUGCUUAUGAUGUCCUAACGAAGUGAAUCACAUCUUUGCAUUUUGGUAAAUGUAAGAAUUGGAAACCAGGUUGGUAGAAACACCAAAGAUGAAGCUGGAAUUGAUCUUCACCAACCAUUAAUGUUGAUGUAUGAAUAAAUAGCAUAGAUUGCCUUCUUCUGAAAUUUUUUCUUGAAGAAGUUCAGUAAUGAUACCUGUGUCUGCAAUGAUGGUGGUGUCUUAAACAACUGAUUUCAGUAAUUAAAACAGGUGACCACAAAUGCUUGGCCAUAUGUGAUUUGGAAAGGGGGGCCAAUCACUCCUUAGCACAAGCUAAGGGGUUCCUGCCAGCGCUGAUGUCAUGUUGAUGACAUCACUGUGUCAGGAUAAUAAAUUAGCCGUUCCACCAUGUUUGUUUCAUAAAAUGUUGUUGAUAAAAUUUCAUACAUCAGUUUAUAUUUCUGCAACUGUAAGACAAUGUUCUUUUUGUAUUCUUGUAAAAAAUAUCAUGUUUUUAAUAAAAUGCCAUAUUAUCAAGUA